AUGGCGGCUCUGUGGAGGGCGAUUCGGUCGUGGCGGGGUCCGUGGGGAGCGCGGGGGAGGAGCGCGGGGAGCGGGGCGGUCGUGGCGGCACCGCAGGAAACGGUCGGAGCGCAUCGGGAGGAGGAAACGUGGGAGGAGGCCCAGCGGAAGCACCCCGAUCUCCAUGGUUUUUACACUGACCCCGCUGCUGAUUUGGCCAAUGCCCGCGCCGUCUUCAUUGCCGGUGUUUCCCUGGCGCGUUUGGGAUCGGUUUUCCUGCAUUACCUGCCUGAUGGAGGGUUGCAGCAGUGGUCGCGCCGUGAGGCCGAGCGCCUGAUUCGGGAGCGCGAGCAGCGCGGGCUGCCCCUCAUUGAGCCCAAUUACUACGACCCCAAACGCCUGGCGCUGCCCCCACAGCACUGAGCGGCGCGGAGCCAAUGAAUAAAGGGGGG